AUUGGAUUGAAAGUGAUAGCUAGUUGUAAUUCUACGUCAAGAUGGGUUUUGAAACUUGCGGCCCAAAUGAGGCAAUGGUGGUCUCUGGAUGUUGUUACUCCAGUCCACUGCUUGUACCUGGUGGCCGUGUGUUUGUGUGGCCUAUUGUUCAACAGCUACAGAGGCUUAGUCUGAACACCAUGACUUUGAAAAUAGAUUCUCCGAAUGUCUAUACACGACUUGGUGUUCCUAUCUCAGUCACUGGCAUAGCCCAGGUUAAAAUUCAGGGUCAGAAUCAAGAAAUGUUACUGGCUGCAUGUCAACAAUUCUUGGGGAAGAGGAUUACUCAGAUAGAAGAUGUUGCAAGAGAAACUCUUGAAGGUCAUCAGCGUGCAAUCAUGGGUAAUAUGACAGUGGAGGAAAUUUAUAAAGACCGUAAGAAGUUCUCAAAGCAUGUGUUUCAAGUUGCCUCAACUGAUUUAGUCAACAUGGGUAUAAGUGUUGUCAGUUAUACCCUCAAGGACAUACGAGAUGACCACGGUUAUCUUAAAGCUCUUGGUAUGUCUCGUACAGCGCAAGUCCACCGUGAUGCUCGUAUUGGUGAAGCCGAAGCAAAGAGAGAUUCUGGUAUGAGGGAAGCAAGAGCUAAAGAAGAAACAAUGGCUGCUCGAUAUGCCAAUGAUAUUGAAAUUGCACAUGCUCAACGAGACUUUGAAUUGAAGAAAGCUGCAUAUGACCAGGAGGUACAGACCCAGAAAGCUGAAUCUGAGUUAGCUUAUGAAUUACAGAUGAAAGGAGAAGCAGAAGCCUUUGCUAUUGAAGCCAAGGCUAAAGCUGAAGCUGAACAAAUGGCUAAGAAAGCUGAUGCAUGGAAAGAUUAUCAAGAUGCUGCCAUGAUUGAUAUGGUCUUGGAAACAAUGCCAAAGGUUGCUGCAGAAAUAGCUGCACCAUUGGCACAAGUCAAGAAAGUGACCAUGGUAUCUUCAGGUAAAGGAGAAGUUGGAGCUGCUAAGCUUACCAAUGAAAUCAUGGAUAUCAUGGAUAGGUUACCGAAAGUUAUCGACGGCAUGACAGGGGUGAAUAUUGCCAAGGCGAUGAAACACUCCAACCGUGUGUAGUGCCAAAUAAAGCUAGUUGUACAUCAUCACUUCUACUGUACUUACUAGGAGACGCAGCAAAUCUUCACCCAUAUCUAUGUUGUAUAGUAUAUUCUGUUUAUAUAUUAUAUUAUACAGUGCAAUUCUUUAGUAGCAUGAUACUAUGUUUUCACAAUGAAAUAAAGUGUUAUUUUGAUGGUUAGUCAUUAGAUAGAAUUUACGUCUUUGUAGCUGUGGGUUCAAAAAAUCAAAAAAUUUUCAUCCUGCUUGUCCCACAGCCACACAUUGCUUUUUAUUGCCCACUGUGGGUUCUGAACAGCACAUGGCUGUUAAAAUAUGUUCCAAGUGAUGGUCUUCAGCAUUACUGGUUAACUAUUGCAUUCAGUCAUCCUGGAUUUGUUGAAUUCCUGUUCCAAAAGAACAGUCACAACUAUUUUAAGCACUUAAAGUCAUUCAUAAACAAUAGUUUCUGUAGAUAUAUGUACGUUGUAGCUGGCACUGUUAUUGCAAAACAGUGCAUUGUGGGUUAUUAUGUUGAAAUGCAAUAUGGAAGUGACCAUGUUAUUUGAACUUUAUCUAAUGGUGAUCAUCACAGAUAGCAAAAUUUAAUUUUUUAAUGUCUGCAUUAUUUUUUAUUAUGUUAUUUACCAUAACUUGUACCUCAUUUAAACAAGUUUUUUUUUAAUCUUUAGCUAUUUCUAUUUCUAGAUUAUUAUUAUUUGUCAAAUAAAACCAACCCCAUACAUGUGUUAAAUACUUCAUUUAGACCAUGUUAUUUAACUUGUGAAGACAAUGUAUAUACAUCCUGUCAUUUAUUUUUUCAUCACAUAACUCUUAACUUGAUACAUGCAUUUUCCAAGCAAAAUAUUAUAAAUCAGUGAUAUUGGUCUUGGUGGCAAGUAUUUAAUAUUGUUUAUUGUUGAUUCGUAUUUGUAGUUCUAACCCACAUGAUAAAUUUUGAGAGUCAGUAAAAUCAUGAUGUUCUGUAUCAGUGAACAUUUAACUGAUUUAGUCAAAUUUGUCAGUGUGAAUGUCAUCGUAAUGUUGGGUUUUUGAUCUCAAAAAUAUUUUCAGAAAUCAUUACUGAGGGACCAAAUGUAUAGACUAACAUGCUAGACUUGAUUGUUAUCUGCUUGGAAGUUAGAACUGCAAAUGAACAGCAGCCAGGAUUUCACAUGGUGACACAUGCUUUGCAAAUAACCCAGCAAUGUGUACAGGCGUUUUAGAGAUCAUAUUGUUUGCAGCUGAGAAUACUAAAUCAUCAUGUUAGCUUUCUUUCAUUUUGCAUCACAAGUUUUGUUUUUUUGCAUGUGAAUAUAGAAUUAUUGCAUAUAUUUGCGUAGUUUCAAGUGAUUACUUCUGACUAAUAAUACACGAGAGUUAAUUAGAUGUAAUAAUUUGAUGUUUAGCUUUGUACUGACUGUUGUAAUCGUAACAUGCUAGAGUUAUGUUUAUGUGGUUCCUGAACAUGUUUUCUAUAUGAUACGUUUGUUCAUGUAGUUAAUUCAAAUUCACAAAAUGCAUGUAAUUAUAUAACUGCUACAUACCUCAUAAUCUAUUCAAAUGAAAUGACAGUACCCUGCUGUGUUAUUAGUUUCUUCUUUCAUUGCACAAGUGCUCUUUGGAGUAUGAAUGCUGGGUUGUGGUAAUCAUGGAUCAGGGUAAAUAUUUAUGGUAGGGAGAGUAUAAGUAUUUUAAAAUAGAUAUCAAUCAAUCUCUGGGACUGCACCCACCAUCUACAAUGAAUAUUAAUCAGUCUUCUGUCCUCAUUAUAAUUUUAAUCUGCUGUGCGAUGAGGCUUAUGACAAGAUGCCAUUGAUGUCAUUUUAAAGAUUGUUUCUGGGUGGUAUUCUGUCAUUCACAAUACCCCCUUUCUAAAUGUUUUCCCAUUCAUAUACUUAAACAAUUAUUCUAUUUUCUAAAUUUCCGAAUACACAAUCAGAAAUGGGUAAUAUAUCUUUCAUAAAUACUAUAUUUACUAUUAUGUUCUUUCAAGUUUGUUUAAUCUUUCUCUGGAAGAUGACAUCGCCAGCUGACCACAUACACCAUUCAUAUUGGCUAUCCAUAGAGACUUUCCACAGGAAUGUGUUGAAUUGCACUAACAAUGCAAAGCAUUCUGUGCUGUUUCAGCAGCAUUCUUUUGGCAAGUAGAAGACUUUCUGUAUAGUACGCUAAUGUAUCAAGUCUAUUCAGGUCUAGAUGCCUUUGGUGAAGCAGCUUACAUGUUUAUUCCCCAGUCAAAUGAUUAUAUAUUUGCAAUUUCUACUUUUGAAGACUCAAAUCCAUAAUUCUUCUAUGUUUGAUUCCAACAUGCGAGAAGUACAUUACCCUAUAUGCAUGUAAAAUACACCAAGAUCAGAAUAUCUGGAUGCAUAUAGAGUACCCGUUGUGUUUAUAUAGUUACCCUAUUUUUAUUUGUAAAUUAAACACGUGUAGUAGCAUUCUAAUAUAUUUGUGCCAGUGUACAAAUACAGUAUUUGCUCACUUAGAAGCACAACUGGUUUGUUUCAGUGAUAAUGCAAAAUUGUCUUUUGUUUCAACUGAGAAUGUGUGCUUCUAAUGGAAGGAAUACUUUAUUGAAUCACAACCCAAUGUGUUUAUUAUUCUGAAUAUUAUGAAUUCUAAAGUAUUGUAUUUCUACUGUAAGAUGUUAGUUGUCUAACAAAUCAAAAUAAAUUUGUACAUGUAUUAUCGAAUGAGUGUAUUGCUCAUUUUUAACUUGUGCAAAGAGGUAAAAAAUGCUGGAUUGAAAAAGAAACAAGGGAAGAUGGACCUUUAAGCUACAUCUCUAUUACAAACUACUAGUGGAUUGCUGUGGCACACUGUUUAUAUCACAAUUUCACUAUAUUAAAAUCAUAUUCAGCUGAUUGCUCAAAAUGACUGAUAAAGUGUUAAUUUGUACUCCUUGUCAACCAUGUCAUCCAGUUGCUCUUCAAUAUAUGAAACUGGUAAUGAAUAAGUUGUAUCGCGAGAAUCAGAAACCUAUAGGCUUUCAAAAUGUUUAUUAUGAGAAUAUUGAUGAAACUGGUACACAAUCUGCUGGUUUGGUUGCCGGACAUCAAUAUACAACCCAACAAUACCCAAUUUUGAGACUGUUAUACCAUUGCAAACAAUUGCUGGUAGGAAUUGCCCCACUCGCAUGUCAGAAUUGGAUGAAUGAUAGACAGGUAUUGCAGAACUUUAGAAGAUGAUGGUUGCAUGGAAACACUUUCAAGCUGGCUAAGUCGGUGCCACAGACUCAAUGGGAAGGCCAAUUCCACUCGCCGAGAUUCAUUCACUAACGAAUGCGACUUUGCAUGUUAGGUCAGCAAAAUGGUGCUACCAUUAUGAAAGUAGAUGGUACUACCUGCUUCUGUUCCUACUACCAGGAGUAUGACACAAUCUGGAAACUGUUGAACAAAUUGCGCGUCGUCCAGUUUAAGACGGAAGUUAAUUUAUUAUUUAUUCAUUCUGUUUUGCAUGGUGGAGUUUUGU